GGUGAAACUGCUCAUAAGAGAGCAAGAUAUUUCACAUGGAUAACAACACGAACAUAUAACAUGAAUGGCCGAAACUGUUGGACUAUAAAUGACUGGUGUGACAUAUGAGCACUGCCCGAAGGAGGGAGAGAUGAACAUAGAAGUCAGUCCCAUCCCAAAGCUGGACCCAGUCGCAGAGGUCUUCCCAUGGAAUGAGUUCUCCUACACAGCCCGUCUGAGCCCCACAGAGCCCCACGACACAGACGGAUGGCUCUCCGCUCUGCCUGCCUUCCACAAUCAUCAUCCACCCUAUCCCAUCUGUGAGAGAAUGCACCAGAGAGGCACCCAAUGCUCUGCUCCAGAGGAGAGCGGCAAGACCGCCACAGACCCUGGAGAGGCUCAGCUGGACUUCUACCGUAAACUGGGCUACUCCCCAGCGCAGGUCCAGACCGUGCUGCAGAAGUUUGGCCUGAACACAGACACUAACAGGAUUCUGGGGGAGCUGGUGCAGACUGGAGCCAGCCCAGAAGGGAUGGAGAAGGAGGGAGCCCCAACUACCAUGUCUGUCCUGGUUGCUAGAGGGGAGACCCUUAGUAGCCUGCCCCUCACCCCUUCACCAAUUUGGGAGGAUGCAGCCAGUGAGGAGGAAGAUGACCUGAAACCCAUAGUGAUCGAUGGGAGUAAUAUGGCUAUGAGCCACGGGAACAAGGAAGUGUUUUCCUGCCUGGGAAUCCAGCUGGCUGUGAACUUCUUCCUGGACAGGGGUCAUACUGAUAUCACUGUGUUUGUUCCCUCAUGGAGGAAGGAGCAGCCCAGACCAGAUGUCCCCAUCACAGAUCAACACAUUUUGCGUGAGCUGGAGAGAAAGAAAAUCAUGGUGUUCACCCCUUCGCGGCGUGUAGCGGGCAGACGUGUGGUCUGCUACGAUGAUCGCUUCAUCGUCAAGCUGGCGUACGAGUCAGACGGUGUCAUCGUAUCCAACGACACAUACCGUGACCUUCAGGGCGAGAGACAGGAGUGGAAGCGCUUCAUCGAGGAGAGGCUGCUCAUGUUCUCGUUCGUCAAUGACAAGUUCAUGCCCCCUGAUGACCCCCUGGGUCGCCAUGGUCCCACCCUGGAGAACUUUCUACGGAAGGUUCCUCGGUUACCACGCAAACAGCCAUGUCCUUACGGAAGGAAAUGCACUUAUGGAAUAAAGUGUAAAUUCUACCACCCGGAGCGAGUCAACCAAUCCAAUCGCUCUUUGGCUGACGAGCUGCGGGAGAAGGCCAAGCUGCCCUUGUCACAACAGAAACACCCCACCACAGGUCCUGGACUUGCCUAUGGCCUUUCACUGGAGGAGCAGAUGGCUCAGAAACUGACCCUAGAACAGUGGAAUGGCUCCUUGAAGAAAGGCCUCACCAGUGAGAAUGUUCUCCUUCUCAAGGGAGGCCAUCGCUCCAGCUGGACGUCUCCAGCUAAGAAGGCCAGCACCAACCGACAUUCCCUGACCGACCUGGACUCGGCCCUGGCCAGUGGCUCUCAAGAGAGGCUAGAUUCUGGGCUGGGAUCCUUCGAGAGGCAGGCAUCUGACCCCUCUAGAAACCACUGUGAUCACUAUAGCAACGCUGGGUACAGGAAUUACCAGUCAAAGUCCGCCCCCAGUAUGAAACAACAACGCUAUUCUCUCCCUAGCGACCUGCCUUGUAACUGCUGCUCCCAUGCUCCUCAGCCUUCAGGCCCCAGUGCAGGAUACCAACAACACCACAGCCCACACCAUAGCAUGGGCCCAGCCAGCACCCACAACCCAGACAUGAUGACCUACUACCCCCCUUGUUACCCCAACUAUGGAACACCAAUGUAUCCAGUUAGUAUGCAUCAGUAUAGCCACCCCAGUGACUUCCAACAGCAGGGCAGGGUCCACCGUUCACAGCAGACCUUCUGGUCGGACCCGUUUGGAACUUAUCCUCAGACUCUCCAUUGCAUUGCUCAGGUGGAGCAGCAGAGACACGGGUCCCCUGCCCGGACACAGCCGAGCCCCCAUGGGGAGUGCAGGGAGAGGGAGGACGGCAGGGAGAGGGAGGAUGUCAGGAAGAAGCUGCUGGCCAUCUUUAACGGCCGUCUGGUGGACAGGGCCAUGGACAUGUUCCCCCAUCUCAUGGACCCACAGAGACUGGCUGCUGAGAUCCUCACCCUGAGAUCCUCUCAGGGCCUGUGAUUGGCUCGUUGCUCUGAGAUGGAGGGAUUUGUAGUUUUUUUCAGUUGAAAGAGUCUCUCUUGAAAAAAUGUCCAAGCUACUAUAAAGAUCAAUGUUUCCCUAAGGUGGAAACACAGAUCUUCCUACUGUAUUUGCUUUGCCAAAUGUGUUCUUGCCAAGUGUUUCAGGAACUAGGUCGCUUAUAUUGCCUCGAACAUAAAACCGGAGGCAAUUGAUUGUUGAUGCAAGUUGUAUCUAUUUAAUAAAUCUUUCUAGACCCUCGAGUGUAUUCGAUGGGUAAAAGUAAUGUAUUUGAGGAGCAAUAUUCUUACAGAAUGCAUGUACAGUGGGGCAAAAAAGUAUUUAGUCAGCCACCAAUUGUGCAAGUUCUCCCACUUAAAAAUAUGAGAGAGGCCUGUAAUUUUCAUCAUAGGUACACUUCAACUAUGACAGACAAAAUUCAAAUUUUUUCUCCAGAAAAUCACAUUGUAGGAUUUUUAAUUAAUUUAUUUGCAAAUUAUGGUGGAAAAUAAGUAUUUGGUCAAUAACAAAAGUUUAUCUCAAUACUUUGUUAUAUACCCUUUGUUGGCAAUGACAGAGGUCAAACGUUUUCUGUAAGUCUUCACAAGGUUUUCACACACUGUUGCUGGUAUUUUUGGCCCAUUCCACCAUGCAGAUCUCUAGAGCAGUGAUGUUUUGGGGCUAUUGCUGGGCAACAUGGACUUUCAACUCCCUCCAAAGAUUUUCUAUGGGGUUGAGAUCUGGCUAGGCCACUCCAGGACCUUGAAAUGCUUCUUACGAAGCCACUCCUUCGUUGCCCGGGCGGUGUGUUUGGGAUCAUUGUCAUGCUGAAAGACCCAGCCACGUUUCAUCUUCAAUGCCCUUGCUGUUGGUAGGCUUUGUUACUUUGGUCUCAGCUCUCUGCAGGUCAUUCACUAGGUCCCCCCGUGUGGUUCUGGGAUUUUUGCUCACCGUUCUUGUGAUAAUUUUGACCCCACGGGGUGAGAUCUUGCGUGGAGCCCCAGAUCGAGGGAGAUUAUCAGUGGUCGUGUAUGUCUUCCAUUUCCUAAUAAUUGCUCCCACAGUUGAUUUACAUUUACAUUACAUUUACAUUACAUUUAAGUCAUUUAGCAGACGCUCUUAUCCAGAGCGACUUACAAAUUGGUGCUUUCACCUUUUUCUUCAAACCAAGCUGCUUACCUAUUGCAGAUUCAGUCUUCCCAGCCUGGUGCAGGUCUACAGUUUUGUUUCUGGUGUCCUUUGACAGCUCUUUGGUCAUAGUGGAGUUUGGAGUGUGACUGUUUGAGGUUGUGGACAGGUGUCUUUUAUACUGAUAACAAGUUCAAACAGGUGCCAUUAAUACAGGUAACGUGUGGAGGACAGAGGAGCCUCUUAAAGAGGAAGUUACAGGUCUGUGAGAGCCAGAAAUCUUGCUUGUUUGUAGGUGACCAAAUACUUAUUUUCCACCAUAAUUUGCAAAUAAAUAAAUAAAAAUCCUACAAUGUGUGUUUCUGGAUUUUUUUCCCUCAUUUUGUCUGUCAGUUGAAGUGUACCUAUGAUGAAAAUUACAGGCCUCUCAUCUUUUUAAGUGGGAGAACUUGCACAAUUGGUGGCUGACUAAAUACUUUUUUGCCCCACUGUACAUAGGCCUUAGGGCACUAUUAUAGACAAAUGUUUCAAGAUUAAUUAUGACAUAAAGAGUAUUAUCGGCACAGUGUGCCAUAAUGGUGGUCACAGCUAACUGUCUAGUAUGGUCUAAUACGGUAGUGAAGUAGAUGCUCUAUGGGUCAAGUUCAUUGAAGAACAUUAAUGUCCAGAGAAGAAGUAUAAUUGCAUUCUUAAUUUAAAAAAAAUACCUCUAUAAUACAAAAACAUACAAAAUAGAUCUAAAGUCAAUAGAUAUAGACCAGUAUAAUAUUUUUUGCCAUUUCUAGUAUCUACUUUGUAUUCAUUAUGUGUGCAGCAAUGUGAGAGCAGAUGGCUUGUGUAUUAUUGUUAUAAUUUCAAAUCGUUGUUCAGUGCCCUGCUACAAUGCAUUCAGAAAGUAUUUAGACCCCUUCCCCUUUUCCACAUUUUGUUGCGUUACAGCCUUACUCUAAAAUGGAUUAAAUAAAAUAUUUUUCUCAUAAAUCCACACACAAUACCCCAUAAUUACAGAUCAAAAACAGGUUUCUAGAAAAUUGUGCAAUUUAUUUUUUUUAAACCCAUAAAGCAGAAAUACUUUAUUUACAUCAGUAUCCAGACCCUUUGCUAUGAGAUUCGCAAUUGAGUUCAGGUGCAUCCUGUUUCCAUUGAUUAUCCUUGAUGUUUCUACAACUUGAUUGGAGUCCACUUGUGGUAAAUUCAAUUGAUUGGAUAUGAUUUGGAAAGGCACAUACCUCUCUAGAUAAGGUCCAACAGUUGAGCAUGUCAGAGCAAAAACCAAGCCAUGAGGUCAACGGAAUUGUCCAUAGAGCUCCGAGACAGGAUUGUGUCGAGGCACAGAUUUGGGGAAGGGUACCAAAAAAUGUCUUUAGCAUUGAAGGUCCCCAAGAACACAGUGGCCUCCAUCAUUUUCCAAUGGAAGUAGUUUGGAACCACCAAGACUUCCUAGAGAUGGUCGCCCCUGUCAAACUAAACAAUCGGGGGAGAAGGGCCUUGGUCAGGGAGGUGACCAAGAACCCGAUGGUCACUCUAACAGAGUUCCUCUGUGGAGAUGGGAGAACCUUCCAGAAGGACAACCAUCUCUGUAGCACUCCACCAAUCAAGUCUUUAUGUUAGGGUGGCCAGACGCAAACCACUCCUCAGUAAAAGGCACAUGACGGCCCUCUUGGAGUUUGCCAAAAGGCACCUAAAAACAAUUUUCUCUGGUCUGAUGAAACCAAGAUUGAAGUCUUUAGCCUGAAUGCCAAGCUUAACGUCUGGAGGAAUCCUGGUACCAUCCCUACGGUGAAGCAUGGUGGUGGGAGCAUCAUGCUGUGGGGAUGUUUUUCAGUGGCAGGGACUGGGAGACUAGUCAGGAUCCAGAGAAUGAUGAAUGGAGUAAAGUACAGAGAGAUCCUUGAUGAAAACCUGCUCCAGAGCACUCAGGACCUCAGACUGGGGCGAAGGUUCACCUUCCAACAGGACAACAACCCUAAGCACAAUGCCAAGACAACGCAGGAGUGGCUUCGGGACAAGGCUGUAAUCACUGCCAAAGGUGAUUCAACAAAGUAGAGAGUAAACGGUCUGAAUACUGUUGUAAACUUUAUUUUUAAUAUAUUUGCAAAAAUUCUGAAACACUUUUUGCUUUGGCGUUGUGGCGUAUCUUGUGUACAGUAGAUUGAUGAGGGGGGAAAAAACGGUUUAAUCAAUUUUAGAAUAAGGCUGUAACGUAACAGAAUGUGGGGUCUGAAUACUUUCCGAAUGCACUGUGUGUGUUCAUUAUCUGCCAAGGGAGUGUUUUUCUUUUCUUCAGUGUGCAUGGCGUUGUGGUGUGAAUACAAGCAAUUAAUAAUUUCAGUUUUCGUAUCAAGACGUGAGAUGGGUUAGAUCAUGCACUGUGUGACUAAGUAGCAACACAGAGACACGAAGUGGUGAACAGCCAAAACAGAUGGAAUCUGAUGUGGAGUAUCAGAAUUAAAUGUUAUAAAUUAGUCUGUGAAAGUUUAUCUCCCCAACUGUUUAUAAUGUUUUAGACAAAGCUUUACAGAUGAAACAUGAUGUGACAAUGGAUAAUAUGUAGGAAAGUUAUUUAGUUUUGUCACAGUUUUGGUAGUGGUACUGAUAAGCUUUCAUCUUUUGGGGGAGUUGUAAGUCUUUCUACUGCAAAACUUCUGUUGUGACUCACUGUGCUGGGAGCUGUUCAUACCUGCUAUUCACUGCUAUUAUUACUGAUGGGAAAAUAUAAUAGUUAUUUUGAGAAUAAGGAAAUUCACCAAACUGCUGUUGUGGGUUUAAUAAAUUCAUGACUCAUUUUGAGGGAA